AUGUCUGCACCCACCGAGGAGAAGAAGACGGUCGUCCUCACGACUUCCGACAACGCCGACCUCACUGUCGAGCGCGAGGUGGCCGAGCGCUCCAUCCUCAUCAAGAACCUGUUGGAGGAUCUUGGUGGUGACAACGCCGAGGCCAUUCCUAUUCCCAACGUCAACGAGGCCGUUAUGAAGAAGGUACUCGAGUGGUGCGAGCAUCACCGCAAGGAUCCUCCGGCCUCCCAGGACGACGACUCUGACUCCCGCAAGAAGUCGACGGACAUCGACGAGUGGGACCAGAAGUUUAUGCAGGUCGACCAGGAAAUGCUGUUUGAAAUCAUUCUCGCAGCCAACUACCUUGACAUCAAGGCCCUCCUCGACGUCGGCUGCAAGACGGUCGCGAACAUGAUCAAGGGCAAGUCGCCAGACGAGAUCCGUAAGACGUUCAACAUCCAGAACGACUUUACGCCCGAGGAGGAGGACCAGAUUCGCCGCGAGAACGAGUGGGCCGAGGACCGUUAA